CUUUUCGCCUCAGGACACUGCCUUCCUACAGGAUGAAGCCUACCUCUAGCUUCCUUCUCAUCCUCAUCUCCCUUCUCCAGCUGACGAUCCCAGGAAGUGCUCAGUGUUCCUUAGACUCCAUUGUGAAUGAAAAGAUGAAGCAAGCUCUCAUCCAUCUAGAGUUCAAUCCUUCUGCUCCUCAAAAGAAGAUCUCAUGUACCAGUAUCAAGACCUCAGGCAAACUGUCCUCCUGCCCUGCUGGGACUGUUGUCACCGGCUGUGCUUGUGGCUAUGCCUGUGGUUCCUGGGAUGUCCGGGGGGAAACCACAUGCCACUGCCAGUGCAGCUUGGUAGACUGGACCACUGCCCGCUGCUGCCGCCUGACCUGAGAAGGAGGAGGAUGGGAACCCACUUGUGUGACCGUGACUCUAAAGAAACCACGACCCCAAACAGGAAACCUGACUCAAACUGUCCCUUUCAUUUGUUACAACCCUACUUCUUGGGUAAUAAAAACAAUUUUUGCA